CCACAAGUGCAAGAAAUAGCUAGAGUGAGAAAGAAAAAUGGAGGGAAAAGAGGAAGAUGUUUCCUUGGGAGCUAACAAAUUCUCAGAGAGGCAACCGAUUGGAACUGCGGCUCAGAGCCAAGACGAUGGAAAGGACUACACAGAGCCACCCCCGGCUCCACUUUUCGAGCCCUCCGAACUCACUUCUUGGUCCUUCUACCGAGCCGGAAUAGCCGAGUUUGUAGCCACUUUUCUCUUUCUCUACAUAACCAUCUUAACCGUCAUGGGUGUCAAUAGGUCCAGCUCCAAGUGUGCUACUGUUGGCAUUCAAGGCAUUGCUUGGGCCUUCGGUGGCAUGAUCUUCGCUCUCGUUUACUGCACUGCUGGCAUCUCUGGGGGACACAUAAACCCGGCUGUGACAUUCGGAUUGUUCUUGGCGAGGAAAUUGUCGUUGACCAGGGCGCUGUUCUACAUGGUGAUGCAGGUUCUGGGUGCUAUCGUUGGUGCUGGCGUGGUGAAAGGUUUCGAGGGAAAAACCUUCUACGGCCAACACAACGGUGGUGCCAACUUUGUUGCCCCUGGUUACACCAAAGGUGAUGGACUUGGUGCUGAGAUUGUUGGCACUUUUAUUCUUGUCUACACCGUUUUCUCUGCCACCGAUGCCAAGCGUAGCGCUAGAGACUCACACGUCCCUAUUUUGGCACCCUUGCCAAUUGGGUUCGCUGUGUUCUUGGUGCACUUGGCCACAAUCCCAAUCACUGGAACUGGUAUCAACCCUGCACGAAGUCUCGGUGCUGCCAUCAUCUUCAACAAAGACCUUGGCUGGGAUGAUCACUGGAUCUUCUGGGUUGGACCUUUCGUUGGUGCAGCUCUUGCGGCUCUUUACCACCAAGUUGUAAUCAGAGCCAUUCCCUUCAAAUCCAGUUAAUUAAUUGGAUUACAACGAUUCGUGGUCAAUCAAGUUGGGUAAAUUAAAAGACCCAAACCAAGCAAGUUUCUGGUUUUAUUUUAUGAUAUAUCGUCAUCUGUUUUCUUUUCUCCUUAUUUUUCUUUCUUUUUUAUUAUUAAACCUUCUAUUUUGUAUGUAAAUUAUGUAAUGUAAUGUAAUAUUAUGAGUAUGAUUAUGGUGGUGCGCGUGUGUUGUUGCCUAAGGGGCCAGGUUUCCUCUACUUUUAAGUUGGAAGAUGGCCAUGCGUGUGAUGUAAUUGUGAUCAAUCUAUCAAAUAAAAAAGAACGUCCUCUUUUUUUGGGCUUAUCUGCUA